AUGGAAAACUCACUAGAGAGACUGAGAGAGCACUUGAAAAAUGGCUAUAAAAUUAUUUUGAAGGAUAGUGAAGGACAGGAUACUGAUGAUAUCGCGAAAGCUAUAGAGGUGCAAACUGAAUCUAGUAAUGGCAGCUCUAAAGGCACUUUCCUGCUGAAUGAAGAAACAGAAAUCGAGAUUGAUGGCUCACCAGUACAGUUGCGAGUAAUCAUUCAUUGUUGGAUGAACAAAGACUCUAGUGCCGCUAACUAUUUAGCUGACUGUAAAAAUAAGCAAUUGACAAAUGUGUCCUUUCUGCAAAGAACGGAUUUAAUUAACUGGUUGUCUGGCAAAACUGAAUCAUCCCAAUAUUUGAAAGCAAUCGGUCAUAAUGGUCAAACAUCCGAUAAAGCAAACACAUCCAACGAUGAAAGUGCACCUUUAACGGAUGGAUCACCUGACGCAAAACUAGCCACAUCAGGAUCUGCUGGAAAUGGUCUUGUACCAUCAGAUCCGGUGCUAGCAGAAACGAUGAAAAAUGAACGUGUAGUGCAGGACCAUAACUCUGCAUUACGCGGUGCUAGACCAAUUAAUUUUGGUUAUCUAAUAAAAGAUGCUGAACUAAAGUUAGUGCAGUCCAUUAAGGGAUCUUUGCGUGGCUCUAAACUUCCUCCCGGCCAUAAAGGUGCUCACGGUCGUGUCUCCAAGACAAAUGGUUCGUCCAGCGGCCCUCGCAAGGAUCCUAUCAUUUUAAUUCCUUCAGCUGCAUCGUCAAUGUUGACUAUUGCAAAUAUAAAACAGUUUCUACAUGAUUCAAAAUAUAUGAAUCCUCGCGAUUUACCGUCAACGCCAAAUGGGUUAGUCAAUAUAGAAAAAAAUUUUGAACGUAUAUCUAGACCGAUUAGGUUCAUUAUAGUUGAUAAUACAAGGAUGUUCACCAAGCCGGAAUAUUGGGAUAGAGUUGUUGCCGUUUUCACCACAGGCCACACAUGGCAAUUCAACAAUUAUCAAUGGAAUACGCCACAAGAAUUAUUCCAACAUUGCAAAGGUUACUAUUUCCAUUUUGCUGGUGACUCUGUGCCACAACACGUUCAGCAGUGGAAUGUAGAAAAAGUCGAACUUGACAAGAAUAAAAGAUUCAAAGAUGUGGAAGUGGUCCGUUAUUUCUGGCAUAGUUUGGAAAAGGAGCUUAUUUCGAGAGGGUAUCAUUGA